GGACGCCUGGCUGUCAAUCACGCGCAGGUUCUGCUGGCGAGGCGGGAGCAGCGGCGGCGGCGGCGGCGGCGGCGAUGGGACCCCAGCGAGAGAUCUGCAGCUAGAAGGCUGCACUUGCUCCACGGGUCGGGGGAUCGGAGGGGCCAGGAUUGGAAAAUGUGCCAUUAACCAAAAGGCCAAAGAGUCAACAGCAAGAGGAGGAGAAAGAGUUGUACAUCUAAGUGGGGAAGGAUGAGUUCUUGCAGCAACGUCUGUGGGUCCAUGCAAGUGCAGACGGCUACCGAAGGCGGCUACCAGCGCUAUGGGGUCCGGUCUUACCUGCACCAGUUUUAUGAGGACUGUACCACCUCCAUCUGGGAGCAUGAAGAUGAUUUCCAGAUCCAGAGAUCACCCAACAGGUGGAGCUCUGUGUUCUGGAAGGUCGGACUCAUCUCUGGUUCAGUCUUCGUGAUGCUGGGAUUGACUGUUCUGGCCGUGGGCUUUCUCGUGCCGCCCAAAAUCGAAGCCUUUGGUGAAGCUGAUUUUGUGGUGGUCGACACCCACGCUGUCCAGUUCAAUGGAGCCCUGGACCUAUGCAAGCUGGCUGGAGCUGUUCUCUUCUGCAUAGGAGGCACAUCCAUGGCAGGGUGCCUGUUGAUGUCUGUGUUUGCCAAGAGUUACUCCAAAGAAGAAAAAUUCCUUCAGCAAAAAUUUAAAGAGCGCAUCGCAGACAUGAAGGUCCAUACUCAGCCCAUCACAAAAGCUCCAGGUCUGGGAGAAACAAAAAUUCCAGUCACUUUGUCCAAAGUGCAAAAUGUCCAGCCUAUAUCGGCAACCUGAACCCCUUUGCACCCCAGACUUUCCUCUCUAACUUACACACAUGGUUAGCGUAGAGCAGGACAGGUUUGGAAAAGACAAGGUUGUUCAUGGGACUAGGCCCAGGGCUCUGAGCUGCCCUGAGCUGCAGAGUGGGUGGGUAAGCUCAGCCUUGCCUGGUUAGGGGGGUUCCUGGCAGGUCGAUGUCACAUGUUCACCUGUGUACACACACCUAGAUGCUUACAGGGGUGUUUCUGUAUGUCCCUAGGAGCCCUCUGGAACUCUACCAUCCAUUGUGACUUAGUGUCUUUCUAUGUAUUAUUGGAUUGUGUCCACAAUGUAGACCAGCCUCCAAUGGCUGCCAUUUUUGUUUUGUUUUGUUCAGAAUAUUGUUUUUGUUCCAGAUAUUUCUUGUGUGGUGCUGCCUUCCAUUCCUGUCUCACUCCAUGUAGAUAAUGUCAUGUGUUUUCACAGAAAAAUCGAGCACCCUGAAUUUGACCCAAACAUUCAACAUUGAACUCUGUCUUAAGAUGAUGGUCCUAGAAUUAGAUCCAGAAGUAUUGGCAUUCUGAAUAUCUUUUCUUUCUCCAGAUUUUCAUCAUUUAUAGUGUUAAAAUAUACACCUUUGAGAUUUUAGAGUAAAAGGGAUUCAUAGGAACACCUACUGAGACAGUGCUCCUGAGUACUGAACUAGAAGUUGAGGAACUGGACUUCCUCCUGCUACCUAGCUGGGUGGAUUUAGGGGAAAAUCAGUGAUCUCCCAGGUGUCCACUUCCACAGCUGCUUAAAAAGGGUCCUGAUUCUAAAAUCUGAGAUUGAAGGUUAUGUCAUUGUAAUCUCCAUCCCAUCCCUAGAAUAUUAAUAGGGUUCUCCUGUUUCUCACCCCAUGGGAUUUCUUCAGGCCUAAAUUCCUAAAAAGUUGCAGUAGCACCUCCCCAUGACCCACCUUGAUAACUGUCCACCUGCAACAGUUUAUAUAAUAUCAUAUUUUUAUAAACACAAAAGUAAGCCAUUCUCAAUAGAAAAUGUUCCCCCACACCCCCAUAGACACCAACUUGAAAAAGGAGUUUCUUUAAUGAAUAAGAACAUAUUCUUCUCCAGCAAAAUAGUCAUCUUAUCCCUUUGAGCUUUUAUUUCAUCUGUGGAUUUAAAUUAAGGCAGAAGAAAGUGGAAGAUGUGACCUUGGUAUUUCCUCUGAGUUGGUGCCCCUUCAAGGUCUGUCUUUUUUAUUUCUCUCUCCUUCCUUCACUGGCCAAAUAAAAUAUGUGAACAAGCAGAA